AUGUGCAUAAAUUUGGAGACAACGAACAAUAUUAAACCUAACCACAUUGACGAGAAGUCUGUCUCCUUUAAUCGUACAAAGUUAGCAAUUUCUAAACAAAGCGAAACCGAACAUCAAAAUAAUAAUAACCGCUCAUUUAACGAUCUUCAAGUUGCCGAGUUUAAUGACACCUACGCUUCUCUUCAGACAGAACCAAAUUUAGUGCCCGCACCAGAUAUUAGCGGUACCAAUGUUUCUUUUAUGGCAGAGAAUAAUCGAGAAAUUAGUUGUAACAAUGCCGAGUGUCACAUACCUGUUAUUGACAAUCAAUGUGCUGCUUUAUUGCGAAGUCCAACUGAAUGUCCUCAACCGAGCGAAAAUGAUAGCUUAUCACAUAAAGGGCCUAAAUCAACCAAGCAUACAACAACAUACACUAAAUCGAAGUUACUUAAUCCAGAAGGAAUCACGCAUUACGUCGGCAAGCGAAGUAAACACUACGAUAAACACCAUAAACUAAGUUAUUCUGAUUGGACAAGUCGACUCCCUUUGAUUGAGCAGUUUCCUAAACAGCUAAACCAACAUGAUGAAAUAAAAGGCAAAGCGAACAAACAAGGAAAAACUCAUUUUAAGAAAUUACAGAAUGGACUCACGAAACCCCCACGAUCGCAAAAGGGUAUUCAUUCCCUUCUGAUGCGUACACCUGUUACUCCCCCAAGAGGCGUAGCACAUCAAAAUUUUCGGAUACGGCGUUCGUACCACCGUGCUCCGGAUUGGUACAGACAUUUGGAUCUGGUCAGCCGGAUAACCAGAAUGUAACAUUGCCGUCCUAUACUAUAUUAGACCAUGGGCCAGGCAUGGACUGGAUGAACCACCUAGCUUUGCGUAUGGAAAUUCCGGUUAGAAUUACUCGCCGCGAAAAUUUGAGAAACAAUAAAACAGUCCAUGCGUAUAAUAAUUAAAUCCCACUACAGGCUAGUGAGAACCACACUAGCAGAAAUACGUGUAGUACCCCAUUAACCCCAAACGAUCAGAUAUCAGUUCCCUCUAGUCUCAACAUUGUUCAUUUAAACAUUCGCUCGUUAAGAAAUAUCGUUCACCUUACUGAGGUCAAAGAACUAGUAAAGUUAAAUAAUAUCGAUGUCCUCACAAUUUCCGAAUCAUGGUUAAAUUCCUCAGUGGCGAACCGUGAGAUAGCAAUCGACGAUUAUAAGAUCCAUAGACUUGACCGGUUACACAAGAAAGGUGGAGGUGUCUGUGCUUAUAUCAAGAAGAAUAUUAAAGCAACUGUCUUAAAAGAUUUAUCGAAGGUGUCAGUCUCUAACUUUCAUCAACUAUGGAUAAAUCUACAAUGCCAAAAAAACAAAUCAAUAAUAAUUUAUGUAACCUACCGACCACCUGACACUUUUCUAAAUUGUUUCGAAGAUUUACUUAAGCCAAAUUAUGUUCAGGCUUUAACUUUGAAUAAACAGAUUUUAGUGCUCGGUGACUUAAAUUGUAACAUGCUAGAAAACGGCCAAGAGCGGAGAGCGCUAACAAAUUUUUCUACAGAAUUAAAUCUCACACAGAUUAUUAAAACUUCAACUAGAAUCACGGCGACGUCCCAAACGCUUAUUGAUGUUAUUCUAGUCUCAUCCACAGCGCUUGUUCUUGAGAGUGGUGUUAUUAACACUUCUAUCAGUGACCACCUACCAGUGUACGUCCUACUAAAGUUAAAGGCCCCAAAGAUGCCAGCAUGUUACAUUACAACUAGGAGUUAUAAAAACUAUAAUCCCUCACUAUUUUCUUCUGACCUUGUCACUAAAUCGGAUCGUCUGUUAUCCAUAUUAUCCAACACCAACGUCAAUACAAUACUCGAAACCUUCAAAGAUGUUCUUCACUCAACUCUCGACGUGCAUGCACCGUUAAAAACCUUCAAAAUUCGAAAUUGA